AUGAGCGACAUAGAAGGCAAGAAUCAUUUUCGUAUCAUUGUAGGGUCGUAUGAGCACAAUAUUCUAUGUUUAUCCUUAGAUAUUCCAGUGCAAAAGAAAGACGAUGCGACUAAGACACCGCAUUUUAUGCCAAUAUUUCAUUUUCAGGCUCAUUCAUUGAGUAUUAAGUGCUUAGCUGUUUCCAGAAGGUACUUAGUUUCUGGAUCCAACGACGAACACAUCAGAAUUUAUGAUUUGCAAAAAAGAAAGGAAUUGGGCACACUGUUAAGCCAUCAGGGUUCUAUUACUGCUCUCCAAUUCUCGCAUCCAGCUUCUUCCAGCGAGGAUGCCACUGUUGCAAAGGGAAGUAAAAAUAGUAAGUGGCUAUUAUCAGCGUCAGAAGACCACAAGAUCAUGGUUUGGAGAGUUAAGGAUUGGGAAACUGUGGGGUCAUUAAAGGGACAUACAGCCCGAAUUAAUGAUAUGGAUAUCCAUCCCACCAAUAGAAUUGCCAUCAGUGUUAGUGAGGACCAUUCUAUUCGUCUCUGGAACUUGAUGACUUUAAGGAAUGCUGCUGUACUAAAGCUAAGGAAAUACAACACUAACGGAUCCUUCGUUAGAUGGUUAGGAGCCAAAGGUGAUUAUUUUGCUGUGGGUUUAAGAGACAGGGUUCUCAUUUAUGAAACAGGGUCAGCUAAAGUUUUUAAAGAAAUACUUUUCGAUAGAAAAACUAUUAUGCAUCUUGAAACACAUAUUCUACCAUUCGAUAAUAGGGAAUAUCUUACCGUUGGUGUUAGUGAUGGUAAUGUUCACUUUUAUCCUUGUGAACAGUUAUUCAAAGAAAAUGAAGAAAAUGAAAAAGAACAUGAAGAAGAAAGUGGCGAGAAGAAAAUCGAACCGGCCUUCUCAUUAUUAGGCCACACAAAUCGUGUCAAAGAUUUCAAAUUUUAUAAGAAUGAUUUCGGGACCUACUUGGUAACCAUUGGUUCUGACGGUAAAAUUGUUGUCUGGGAUAUGUCGACAAAAGAACAAGUAGCAGUUUACGACUGUGGUGAAAGGUUGAAUUGUCUAACGCUAUGUGAUGAAGAUAUCGAGAAGUACAGUACCAUGAGGAAGAGAGAUGCUGGAACAGCUGAACUGGGUGAACAAAGUGAGGUAGAAAGUGAUACCGAAGAAUUAAAGAAGAUUAUGUUUGGUGAGAAGAAGAAGCUCAACAAAAAGAAGAAGAAACAAUUGAAGAAGAGCAAAGUCUCUGUAGAACUAGAAUAA